AUGAAGCUGGCUCCGUACUUUAUCGUUCUCAUUCUCGGGCUCUUGCAAGGGGCGCUUGCAGUUAAAGCGCAGCAGAAAUCCGUCAUCAUCACUUUUCCCGAUGAUACUCCUGACACCGUCAUGCUUGAGGCUAAGAGAACAAUUACCGACGCUGGUGGCUGGAUAACUCAUGAAUACAACCUGUUCAAGGGAUUUGCCGCAAAAGCUUCUUCCAAUGCCCUCCAGACUAUCUCGACAGCAUCUACCAAUUUUCUUCCGGUUAUCGAAGAGGACCAAGUCGUUUCGGUCAAUGGGGAUUUGACCAAGGAGUAA